UACAACUGCAUGAGAAUCCGGUGUGAUUGUACUAUCUUUUUCAAAAUUGUUAUAUCUGUUAGUCCGACAGCUGGGGUCACAGAGGUUAUCUUUUUAAACUUUAAAUUCAGAUGGUGAAUAUACAGUUGAAUUACAAGUGCGGACGUGUUUUCCGUUUCUGAAUAUUUUUUGAAGCCGCCGAUUGCAUCACAAUCGACAAUCGUUUUUGUGAUACACUUUUUGAUUUUCCCAUACACAAGUAGCCUUUAAAGUCGUGGGAGACGCGGGCGAAAGAGAAUCUGAAAAUAGACAAUGUUUCGACUAACGCGGAGAACACUGUGAAGAAACCCGUUCUGGAUGCUGAGUUCUUCGAUGUUUAUAAAAAUACUAAUGGUGUCGUCAUCGUCAUGGAACCAAUUGAGCUGUCAACUGACUUAAAUGAACUGAAAGAUAUAGAGUAUUAUCGUACAAAAGUGAAGGGCAAAUUUUUAUAUGAAAAGGAAUUUUUGAUAGGACCUAGAAGCCUUAUUCUCAAUGGCGAAGCCAUUAACGAAAAAGGAGGUGGAAUAUUUUCUCCUAAAGCAGGCUCAGGAUAUUACGUAAUUACGCCUUUCAGAUUGGAGGAUCGUGACAUUACUAUCAUGGUGAAUCGUGGAUGGAUUCCUAGAAGUGAUCGUUCAACGUUUAAAAUGGAAAAGAAGAUUACAGAUCCCAUAGAAAUUAUUGGCAUUAUCAGAGCAACAAAAAAGCGACCUCCAUUUGUACCUAACAAUGCUCCUGGGAAAGGUGUAUGGCAUUUCAGAGAUUUAGAUGCAAUGGCAAAGGUAGCAGAAGCAGUACCUGUGUGCAUAGAAUUAUUAGCCGGAUAUGGCGCACCUCAAGGUCCGGUCGGAGGACAGACAAAAGUAACUUUAAGGAACGAACAUUCAAAUUAUAUGAUCACCUGGUAUUCGUUGUCUGCCUGUACGAGCUACAUGUGAUUUCGACAAUUUGUACAAAAAUUACCUCUUCUUUAAAUGCAUAGAUGUUCACCCGAUAUACAUAUAAUGAUAUACAUACCGAAAAAAAUAUGUAAAAAAAGAAUGUAAAUAUAUGUACAUUGUCAUAAAAAAUUUUUUUAUUAUGAUUACACGUUAUAUUUUUUAUAUUUCAUUUUUUUACAUACAACUUUAUGGAAAUGAAACAAUGUUGACUUAUGCGAAUCAAACACGUACAAAACUGAAAAAAUAAACGUAAUUUGUAGAAUUCUUUAUUUGAAUGUAAAUGUGACAACUGUAAAUGUAUUCUUUAUAUGAGAAAUAUCGUUUAAUUGUUUUCCUGAAGAAUAAAACUUACUGUUAGACCUUUU